CCUGGAUGACGUCCGCGUCUUCAUGCUAAAUCACUCUACUGUUUCCACGUUGUUUACGUUUGAAUAUUCGCUUUAUUACUGAGCAGAAACUAUCAAAAAUGCCUUCAAAUGUGGAAAUUAAAGCUAGAGUACAUGAUUUAUUGGAAUUAAAGGCAAGAGCCAAGACACUUAGUGGCGAUACUGGCACAAUUAUAGAACAAGAAGACACAUUUUUCGAUGUGCCAAAUGGGCGAUUGAAGCUGCGUUGCCUCAAGGGCAGGCCAUCACAGUUAAUCUACUAUGAACGACCAGAUGCAAGCGGGCCGAAGCUCUCCAAUUAUUACAUUGCAGAAACAAAUCAGCCUAAAGAAAUGGUUGUCACACUUAAGCAUGCUUUAGGAAUCAAAGGAGUAGUGAAGAAAAAACGUGUCUUGUAUUUAAUUGGACAGACACGAGUUCAUGUGGAUCAGGUUGAAGGUCUAGGAGACUUUAUGGAGUUAGAGGUUGUGCUUGAGGAAGGACARACAACAGAAUAUGGGCAACAAAUAGCUGAUGUUUUAAUGAAGAAGUUAGGAAUAGAUAAAGGUGAUCUAGUAACUGGAGCAUACAUGGAUUUAAUAUUGGCAAAAAAUAAUGAUCAGUGAUGGGUUAGUUAAACAUAUACUAGGUAAUGUAGAAUUUUAGACAAGCUGAUAUUAUGUAUAAUAAUAAGAAUAGACUUUCUUACUGUAUUUUUCUUGAAUGUAAUUGCUAAAAAUUUAUGUUAACUUUGUUUAUUUUGAUGUUUUUUUUUCCUGUAUUGGUAUUUCGAUGCAUUAUUGUUCAUAGAAAAUUCUAUGACAAGAAAAU